CAAAACCCACAAAAAUGGCUCCAAAAAAAUCAGCAAGGAAAGUGGUAAAAACAACCAAAAUAGUAGAAGAAACAGUUGAAGUAGUUUCAAUUCCCGGGUCACAAUCUCAACAAAACCCGACCCAAAUCCAACCCGAAUUAAUAUCCGAACGAAAGGAGGAACAAUCUUCUGUAACAACCAAAUCAAUCCCUAUACAAGAAUCUGAUCUUGAUCAAGAUGAAGAAGAAACAGAAACCCAAGAUCAAGAUCAGCCUGAUUUAAGUACACCACCAAGAAAAGAGGCCCCACCAAGGGCGUCAGAUCAAAUGUCGAAGACGAGCAAGCCCAAGCCCAAGCCGAAGCCCAAAAAUGAAGGCGGAUUCGAUAAGAAGAUGAGAAAGAGAUCAAAAAGAGGAAAGGGGGAAGGAGGAGGAGGAGAAGGGUAUAAAAGAUAUGUGUUUAAGGUAUUAAAACAAGUACACCCAGGAAUGGGGAUUAGUUUUGGAGCAAUGAUUGUGAUUAAUAAUUUUAUGAAUGAUAUGUUUGAAAGGAUUGCUGAAGAAAGUUGCAGAUUAAAUAAACAAAAUAAGAAGAUGACUAUGUCUGCUAGAGAAAUACAAGGUGCCGUUAAGUUGGUUUUGCCUGGUGAACUCUGUAAGCAUGCUGUUGCUGAAGGUUCUAAGGCUGUCACUAAUUAUGUUAACUUUGGUUCUAACAAAAAAUAAUUAAUAUUUUAAAUUUAACAGGACUGCUGGAGUUUAGUUUUAAUUAGAAUUUGCUUAAUUAGGAUUAUAAUUAUUGUAUUAGUGCUUAAUUCAGCUAGUUUUAACUUUGUAAUUGCUACUGAAUGUUGAUUUUCUUGAUAAAUGUAGGGUUUUUUAUUUAAUUUUAAGAUAUUGAUUGUGUUUUACAAUUAGGCUGUGUGGUUAUUUAGAAUUGAUUGUGGGAGAAUCAUCUUAGUAAAACCUCAAUAAUUAUACUAUUUAAUUACUAUUUACUAAUUAUUUUUAAUUCAUAUUUUAAUUUUAAAUUAUAAGUUAAAAUAUGGUCAAAUGAAAUCUUAUUUUAUUUUUCUAUUGAUAUAAAUUUUUUAUAAUUUUUAAUUAUACAAGAGAUACUAACGGUUAAAAUGUUAUUUUGACAAGUACGGAAAAGCAACUGGAACAAUUAGGUUGAAUAAGAGGGAGUAGUACGUUAAUAGUUACUAAAUUUUAAUAAUGCUAAAAAUAUCAUACAUGGGAUGAGAUGGUAAUUAAGUAUGACAUAGGUUUUGCAUAAUAACACACAAAAGGACACAAAAAGUACCCUUUAAAUUGGGGAAUUGGAGGCCAGAGGACGUACACAUUUGAGAAUUACUCAU